CCCAAAGAGACACCUUUUGUCCGCCGCAUCUCGACUACUCAAAGAGAAAGAGACCCGAGGCGCGUGUAUGUUGCCACGCUGAUGUGACUGAGAAAAAGGUCCAUUCUUCUCAGUCCUUCGGGACAUCAAACAUCCGUUAAAUUUGUAUUGGCCGUUAAAUUUGUACUGUAAGGGUACAGAGAAUGAAGAUUAAUUAGCAUGGCCCCUGCGCAAGGAUGACCCCCAUAAAUCGAAAAGGUACAUUCUCAUUUUUCUUCCAUUUCAUUUCACAAGUUUUGGUACAGAAUAGAAGUGCACGAAGGAAGGUGUCGGCUCAACUCUUGAGGAGUGUGCAAGUGCGUGGGUCUGGUACAAAAGUAGUCUACGUCGCUGCGAUGGCUUCUGCCACCGCAUUUUCCCAGUUGGCCCUCUGCUCGACAGCAGGCCGUCAGGUUCAUCAGUGCAGUUCCUCAGGAUGUCCUGAUAUCAAACCGGCCUCCUUGAAUGACAACUCGCAGCGUAGGUACGGUGGCGGACAGUCCUUCGAAGGGGGUGGUUCUUUUUCACAGCCUCAACCUUGUGGCUGGAGGGCAUUUCCACUCUUGCCUGGUCAUCGCUGCAGCCGUACACGCACCAGAGCUUGUCGCGCCUCUCCGACAGCAGGGCUACCUGCGUCGAAGGCGAAGGCGAAGGCGGUCGCGGGGAAGAGAGACGACAACCGACUGCGGAAACUGAACGGAACGAGCGUUGUCCUAACGAUGAUGUAUGGGCUGUCCCACUCCGACCGCGGACGACGAAUGCGGGACCCUUCAAAAAAUGGAACCCCUGGUUCACGAGUAGCUGCGGCAGCCCUCCCUCCUGGGACGGAAGAUGUUUACGUACUGCUGGCAGAUAUUCUGCGCCCACGCCCUGUGAUCGUGGAGGAGUCGACCUGGGUUCUAAGUGACCAAGCCAUCAAGACUGUGUACAUGUUGUAUGCCUGUGUGUUCACAUGGGGUUGUGUUGUCUUUGGCUCGAUGAAUGACCCCCUGUACGAUAGCGAGGAGUAUAGGAGUGAAGGCGGCGAUGGCACUGGAAACUGGAUAUAUGAAAAUCAGGAGAAGGCGGAGAUGGAGGCAAGGGAAGCAUUAUUUCGGGAAGACCUUGUCAAAGAGAUUGAGGCGAAUCAGGAGGAGCUGGGACGCCUUCCUUGACUGACGACUUAUUGGAUGGAUCAUGGAACUGAAUAGGACCAGGUUCAUUAGGGUUUUAGUUUACACCCAUGUCAUUAUUUCCCCUGCUUCCUCUGUGUAUCUAUUUUCCUAAAACAUUGUGAUUGCACUUGCUCUG